UAUUGUUUUUGCUUGUUAAGAAACACACUUCAUGUAAAAUUCUUGUGUUAUGGAGUAACAGACAUGUGGCCCAGAAGCCUGUUGAAUGUGAAUACUCGUUUCUCUCUCUAUGUUGAGGUUGAGAUAUGGUGUGUCUUAUGUGCCAGAAAAAAAACAGAGUUUUUAUUUUUUACUAGUAGAAUUUUUUUUUUUCCUCUGGCGGACUUCGUAUAAUCUAAGCUAAUUAGGUACAGAGCUUUACAUCAAAUCGGCUUAUAUAUGUGGAUAGCCUUUUGAGUACAAGGACUCAGAACAACUUGUUCUAGGACUUGAUACACUGUAUCUACGCGGAAUCAGAUCGUCGGACUAAGAUUGAAGCCGGAGUUACAGUGAUCGGCGUUUAGGUUACUUUGAUUAGCUGUGAUGUCGAGUUCAGAGAGGCCGUCGUCGUCAUCUUCAGCGAGAGAGAUUGAUCCGUUGUUGAAGGAUCUGAGUGAGAAAAAACAAAGCUUUCGCCGGAACGUGGUGUCUUUGGCGGCGGAGCUCAAAGACGUUCGAGUUCGUCUCGCUAACCAGGAACAAUCGGUUGCUCGUGAAACCCUAACAAGACAGGCAUCAGAGACCAAGGCCAAGAGCAUGGAAGAGGAGAUCUGUAGACUGCAGAAGAGCUUGGAGGAGAGAAAUGGGCAGCUUCAAGCAUCGGCAUCUACUGCUGAGAAGUAUCUCAAGGAAUUGGAUGGUUUUAGAUCACAGCUUUCGGCCACUCAAGCAACUGCAGAUGCAAGUGCUGCAUCAGCUGAAUUGGCACAGCUUCAAUGUUUAACACUUCUAAAGGAGUUAGAUGAAAAAAGUAGUUCAUUAAAACAGCAUGAGGUUCGUGUAAAUAGGCUAGGUGAGCAAUUAGAUCUUCUGCAGAAGGAUCUCCAAGCAAGGGAAUCUUCACAGAAGCAACUAAAAGAUGAAGUUUUGAAAAUUGAACAUGAUAUUAUGCAAGCAGUCGCCAGAGCUGGAGCAAGCAAAGACUGUGAGCUGAGGAAAAUAUUAGAUGAAAUUUCACCAAAGAAUUUUGAAAGGAUCAAUAGGCUUUUGACUGUCAAGGAUGAGGAAAUCUCUAAACUGAGAGAUGAAAUCAGGAUUAUGUCUACUCACUGGAAGCUCAAAACUAAGGAAUUGGAGUCGCAACUAGAGAAACACCGGAGAACUGAUCAGGAGUUAAAGAAGAGGGUUUUAAAGUUGGAAUUCUGUCUCCAGGAUGCUCGAUCGCAGACGCGGAAGCUCCAAAGGAUGGGAGAGCGAAGGGACAAAGCUUUGAAAGAACUCAGAGAUCAGUUAGCAACAAAGCAACAUGGUAGAGAUGCGGGUGCCGAAAAACAGAAUUUCUGGGAAAGCUCUGGUUUCAAGGUGGUAGCGUCCUUGUCAAUGCUGAUCUUGGUAUUGUUUUCAAAGCGAUAAAGUUUGUUUUGUUGUUUAUAUUACUAUGUAUAAAAAACAAUGUAAUUGAGGAGAUUAAUGAACAUUGUAGAUGCCGUUUUAUUUGUAGAAGAAAUGCGAGUCACUUUUUUAA